AUGACAGAAACAUUGAAUGUCAUAGUCAAUGAUGGAUCAAGUGUGGACGCUUACACACUUGAUCUGAUUGCGCCUCCAAAGUUGGCUUUGGAGAUCACUCAGUUGCCAACGCUCGAACAUAAAAGGUUCUUGCGUGAUCUGCGUAGUGGCAAAGUCAAGCAGAUCUGCGUACUCGUCGCUGACGACGAGUGUGUAGCCGACAUAAGGUCAGCAACAAUGCUUACUGAGAGCGAGAGAGUUCUCAGUAGUUCAUCGAUGGACGAGAGUGUCCUAGAUGAAAAGACACGAGUUGAGCGAUAUGACUCCCAAUCGUGGGAAUCGCUCAAGACAAAUCCUCUCUAUGAAGAUUUGGUUGAAUUCAAGGAUGUAUUCCCUGAAACUGUUCCGUGUGAAUUACCAAAGGAUAAAGGUAUUCGACACGAGGUCGAGCUUAAACCAGGCUCGAAGUACUGUGUCCUGAAGCAGUGGCCACUGCCUCGUGAACAAGUACUUGCGAUCGACAAGUUCUUUGCCGAUCGAUUAGCUGCGGGCCAUGUGAGGGAAUCAACUUCCCCACAUAGCUCUCCGACCUUCUGUGUGCGAAAAGCGACAGGAGGGUGGCGGAUUUUGCAUGCAUUUAACAAGUUGAAUGCUGCAACGGUACCGGCUCAGACGCCGAUACCAUAG